AGCCAUUUGACACGUCUAGCGAUUUGCGUUUAAACCGCAUAUAGCACCUUAACAUGGUUCGGAUCUUCCCCACCCGUCACAUUUCACGGCUGACCCGAGACUCAUCUCUUGUGUAACACUCCAAAAUCCCCUGCUAAACCCUGAAAUUUUGAUUUUGCCUAUUCGUUGUACCGAUUUAGUUAAUCUUCACAGUUCAAUUCGAUUUUCUUCGCUAGUUUUUCUGAGAAUGAAUUUGCGAGAAGGAUUAGAGGAAUCACCAUCAUCCUCCUCAUUCUCCAAUGGAAGAGUUGACGUUGUUACUGACACAAUGAAUCAGUUUAAAAUUGCAGAAGAAGGUGAUGAUGGAAGUGGCGUGCAGGUCACGUGCUUUUCUGAAGUCUCUGACGAUGCUACUCUUCACUUUCAGAUCAUUCGUCUUCAGAAACAGAUAUAUACGUGGAUUGGUUGCAGUUCAGCCAAAUUUGGGAAUCUAUAUGCAGCUGCUCCAGCAAGACCUAGCAAUACCAUUGCGGUGAGUUCCUUGACCGGAGGAACAUCUGAUAAUACAGGAGCUGGUAUUGCCCGUAGAUUAGUUCUCAGGACUGGACUUAAUGUUGUACUAGCUUGUAAUAUCCCCAAGAACAGCCCCAUGCUUGAGGCAGCGGCUGAGAAAAAGUUGAUGCAAAAGCUUAUCAGUCUAGGCUAUGCAAAGCAAAGACCUCGAGGACCAUCUUCGUAAUGGAUGGUGUUAUGCAUUGAGUACAAUGUAGCAGUAAAAUCACAUUUAGAUAUACUCUUAAGACGUGCUUGGCAUCCGCAGUAUACAGGAAACCACUACACCAUGGAUACUUCUGAAACCACUUGAAUCUUUUACCAUCUCCGAUGAAGAGUGAUUGCAUGGUAACUUGAUUAUGGCAUCUGAAACAUUCUUGCUAUGCUUAUGUUCCUAUUCUUGACUACUUUGAUGUGGGAAAUGGUGAACAACUCCGUAGCUGCAAUUUUUUUGGUAUUGGUAUAUUUACAAAAUCGUUACAUUAAAUGGUGAACAACUCUGUAGCUGCAAUUUUUUGGUCUUGGUAUAUUUACAAAAUCGUUACAUUAAUUGUUAACGUUGUGGUAAUUUAAUA